CUCGGCCCUCGGCCCUCGAUUUCUAAGGCAUUGGCCGCGCCGCUGGGUGAUCCCUCCGGGCUCAAGUUGCAAGGGGGCGGGCCCCGUCCGGAGGUGGAGUCUCCCGCCAAUUGAAGCCUCGGCUAUAAAUCGAGCUCCCCUGCUCGGCCGAAGCCCAGAUGCCUCGCCAGGCCGCCCCGCGGUUGGCGCUGGGGGAAGGCAGCGGGUCCCAGGGGGCGUCGGGGGCCGUGGCCACCAUGCUCCGCUCCCUGCUGCUUCACUCCCUGCGGCUCUGCGCCCAGACGGCCACGUGCCUCGUGCUCUUCCCGCGCUUCCUAGGCACGGCCUUCGUGCUCUGGCUCCUCGACUUCCUGUGCAUCCGAAAGCAUUUCCUGGGCCGUCGCCGCGGGGGGCAGCCCGCACCCGUGGCGGAGCUCGACAGUGAUGGCGAGGAGGUGCCCCCCGACGACCCGCCCGUCUGCGUGUCCGACGACAACCGCCUGUGCACCCUGGCGUCGCUGAAGGCUGUGUGGCACGGCCAGAAGCUGGAUUUCUUCAAGCAGGCGCACGAGGGCGGCCCAGCGCCCAACUCGGAGGUGGUGCUGCCCAACGGCUUCCAGAACCAGCACAUCCUCGACUACGCGCGGGGAAACCGCCCCCUGGUCCUCAACUUCGGCAGCUGCACCUGACCACCGUUCAUGGCGCGCAUGAGCGCCUUCCAGCGCCUGGUCACCAAGUACCAGCGCGACGUCGACUUCCUCAUCAUCUACAUCGAGGAGGCUCACCCCUCGGACGGCUGGGUCACCACCGACUCCCCCUACAGCAUCCCGCAGCACCGAAGCCUGGAGGACCGGGUCAGCGCGGCACGGGUUCUGCAGCAAGGCGCGCCCAGCUGCUCCCUGGUCCUCGACACCAUGGCCAACUCCAGCAGCUCGGCCUACGGGGCCUACUUCGAGCGCCUCUACGUGGUCCAGAAUGGCACCGUCAUGUACCAGGGCGGCCGGGGCCCGGACGGCUACCAGGUGUCCGAGCUGCGCACCUGGCUGGAGCGCUACGAUGAGCAGCUGCACGGCGCUCAGCCUCGUCGAGUAUAAACAGUCAGUGGACAGUUGGCUGAACUUGGCGGGCAGUGCCUUCGAGCCUUCGAGGCCCACGUGCAAACGCCCCAAACCAAGUCAGGUUUGCCGAGGGCCCGAUGACACAGGCGUGAAGAGCGCCUCGGAUCCGGCCGAGUCUGUGCCCUCGGCCCGGCCCCCUGAAAAUCCUCUCCCACCUCCCCGGACUCCGUUGCUGUGACAGGCCCUCACCUGUACCUGCCCAGCUGGCUCUAAAUCCCCUCUGAGUGCGGGUGUGGCCCCACCCUCACCCCACUUGUCCCUGCGGAGGCCCCUGCGUCUCUCCUACCCCCUCCCCAGAGAGAAGAGCCAGCGUGCCUUCAGCCGAGCAGAGCCCCUUGCGCAGAGACUUGGGCCCCUCCCGCGCACCCCUGCGCACAGCUGGCUGCCCCAGUUGCCUGGCACCCAACACCUGUCGCUCCCAGGGAGGGGAUGCCCUGCUGCUUUUGUGGCUAUUUCUUGUCCCCGGGGUGGGGGUAGGGGCUUGCCGUGGGGAAGGGGAAGGGUGGCAGGGGUUUCCCCCCCUUAUUUUGGGUGCUCACCGGCCCCACUGCUGAUGACGAGCUGUCUCUAACUGGUCUCCACCACGAGCUGGUUCUGAACCGCAGGGGGCCUGCAGCAGCGCCUGAAACGAGAGAGGGACAGUCCACCAUACAGGGAGGAGGCGAGGGGGGUUGAGGAACGGUUUGGGGACCAGAAGAAGCCAGCUUGGGAGGCACUGGCGAGGCUCACAUUGCCCCAGGGAGAAGGAAGAGGCUGGGGCUCCUGGGAAACGGGGGGGGGGGGGUGUCGAAGGCACGAGAGAUGAGGGGCGAGCCUAGAGACCCCGAGUGAGGGGCCCCGUUCGUAGGCAGAGCUGCUGACUGUGGGGCCAGGAGGUGGGAGGCCCCCGAUUCCAAGGCCAUUUGUGAGUGUUUUGCUGGAAAUACUCCCUGUAUAUAAACUUCUUUUACGCUACAAUAAUAAAAGCUUGAAGUAAACUG